AAGGCAAAGUAAAAAUUGAAAGAGUGAUUUCUUCUGCAGCAGCAAGAUUUCGAUAGGAUUAUCGCAGCCUUUGGUGAACUAAAUAUUAUAACUUGCGGUGUUAUUCAUGCUCGAAAACAAGCAGCGAGAGCGGUGCCCGGAACAGCCGAACAUGCAGGAGAAACAGUAAUUAAAGGGAGUGACCGUAAAAAUACAUGAACUAAUCUCGUUCACGCUGUCAUCCACUCACUCGUUCGUGCAGACAGUUCCGUGAAGUGCUAAAUUAAAGUAGGAUAUAACAACUAAUUUCGCUUCCUUACUGUUCGCUUUGAUUCAUACGUGAAGCUUGUAUAUAUGUGUACCUGUAGCUAGAAUGCAGAAUCAGAUGCACUAAAAUGUCGGCAAGUUUUCUCCAUAUCGGUGACAUUGUGUCACUGUAUGCAGAGGGUAGUGUGAAUGGAUUUAUCUCAACACUCGGAUUAGUUGAUGAUAGAUGUGUUGUACAACCAGAUGCAGGGGAUCUCAACAAUCCUCCGAAAAAAUUCAGAGAUUGUCUGUUUAAGAUAUGUCCGUUGUCCAGAUAUUCUGCCCAGAAACAAUAUUGGCAAGCAGCCAGACAAUCUGGUACGGAUCCAAUUUUACUUGACAGAUUGCACCAUGCAGCUGAACUGGAGAAAAAACAGAAUGAAGGAGAAAAUAAAAAGUUAAUUGGAACAGUUUUACAAUAUGGUGGCGUCGUCCAGUUACUUCACAUAAAAAGCAACAAGUUUUUGACAGUAAAUAAACGUCUUCCUGCAUUAUUAGAGAAGAAUGCAAUGAGAGUUAAUUUAGAUACUUCUGGCAAUGAAGGAUCAUGGUUUUAUAUACAACCAUUUUAUAAACAUAGUUCACAAGGAGAUAAGGUUGUAGUUGGUGAUAAAGUUGUGUUGAAUCCUGUAAAUGCUGGACAACCUCUACAUGCUAGUAACUGUGAUCUGAUCGACAACCCAGGAUGUAAGGAAGUUAACUCUGUCAACUGUACAACAUGUUGGAAAGUUAUUCUAUUUAUGGAAUAUCGGGAAAAUAAAGAUGAUAUUGUUAAAGGGGGAGAUGUUGUAAGAUUGUUCCACGCUGAACAGGAGAAGUUUUUAACGGGGGAUGAAUACAAGAAUCAGCAAUAUGUUUUCCUCCGCACUACUGGAAGAACUUCCGCUACUGCUGCUACAAGUUCUAAAGCAUUAUGGGAAGUGGAGGUGGUACAGCAUGAUGCUUGUCGGGGUGGAGCUGGUCAUUGGAACAGUUUAUUUCGUUUUAAACAUUUAGCUACAGGGCAAUAUCUGGCAGCAGAGGUAGAUAACGACCCUACACCUGAUGUAACCAGAAAUAAAUUACGAGGUCAGAUUGCUUGGCAGGUGUUCUGUCUCGUCUCCGUACCACAUGGACAUGAUAUCGCUUCCAUAUUUGAACUUGAUCCAACUACUAUGAUCCGUGGAGACUCUUUAGUUCCAAGACAAACUUUUGUUCGUCUUCAUCACCUCUGCACAGAUUCUUGGGUUCACAGUACAAGUAUACCGAUUGAUAAGGAGGAGGAUAAACCAAUCAGAAAUAAGGUUGGUUGUGCCAAGAUAAAAGAAGAUAAAGAAGCUUUCGCUAUUGUUCCUGUCAGUCCAGCGGAAGUUCGAGAUUUAGAUUUUGCAAAUGAUGCCAGUAAACUUUUGGCAGAUAUUGCAUCAAAGUUGGAACGUGGUGCCAUUACUCAAAAUGAACGAAGGUUCGUUACUCAACUUUUGUCAGAUCUGAUAUUUUUUCUGGCCAAUCUAGAAAUGUCGAACACAGGAGCAGAACCACUAGACUUACAAGUAACUAAACAAGAUCGUGAACGACAAAAAUUAUUCAGGGAACAAAAUAUUUUAGAACAGAUAUUCAAGAUACUUCAAGCACCAUUCACAGAUAGGGGUCAAGGUCCCUUUCUACGAAUGGAAGAACUAGCAGACCAAAGACAUGCACCAUUUAGACACAUCUGUCGACUGUGUUAUCGUAUUUUAAAAUUAUCACAACAGAAUUAUCGAAAAAAUCAGGAAUAUAUUGCCAAAAAACUACCAUUUAUGCAAAAACAAAUCGGCUAUGAAGUGCUGGCUGAAGAAACUAUUACCGGAUUACUACACAACAAUCGCAAAUUAUUAGAAAAACACAUUAAAGAAUCUGAAAUCGAUACUUUUGUUACACUUGUCCGCAAAAAAAGAGAACCAAAGUAUUUAGAUUAUUUAUCUGAUCUGUGUGUAUGUAAUAAGAUAGCUAUACCAGGAACUCAGGAAUUGAUCUGUAAAUGCCUGUUGAGCUCAGAAAAUGCUGAUAUUUUGAUAGACACAAGGUUGAUGACAACUCAGGUAGAAACCGAACUAGAAGUAGAUUCACCUGAUGGAGAACCAGUAGAUCCGAUUAUUACAGUGGAAGAAGAGGAGGAGGUGGUGCUAAUCUGGAAACAGGUAAACGACCACCAACAACAGAAAGGUAUCCGAGAACUGGCCAUGGCAUCAGCUGAUAACAUAAAAGAUGAUAAAGAAAGUCUGGAAUAUUACAGACAUCAACUAAACCUGUUUGCUCAUAUGUGUUUAGAUCGUCAGUACCUGGCUAUAAACAAAUUAUCAGAGCAGUUAGACGUUGAUCUUAUUCUUAAAUGUAUGGAAGAUGAAUCUCUACCAGCAGAUCUGAGAGCUUCGUUCUGUCGACUUAUGCUUCACAUGCAUGUAGAUCGUGAUCCACAGGAACAGGUGAAGCCUGUAAAAUAUGCUCGGCUCUGGUCAGAAAUCCCUACCAAAAUAUCUAUUGAAGAUUAUGAAGCUCAUGUUAGUAAAAUUCCUGAGAAAGAACAGGUUAAACACAAGUUUCAACAAACUAUUACAUUUGUAGAAGACUAUCUGUGUAAUAUUGUUAAUAAGGCCUGGGCAGAAAAAGAACAGAAUAAACUGACCUUUGAGGUUGUGAAUCUAGCACGUCAAUUGAUUUAUUUUGGAUUCUACACGUUCAGUGACUUGCUGCGACUCACAAAAACGUUACUCAGUAUCUUAGAUUGUAUCCCAGAAACCAUUAGUUCCAAUCUUCCAAAUAUAGAUGGUAGGGUAGAAAUAUGGGUAUUUUCACAGUUCAUAUACUAAUGUCCAAAAGAAAGUAUACACUGUUCAUUUAGUCCUGCUUCAAACAAAGUUGUUUUUCCAUUGUAUGCGGUAUUUGGGUACAAUGUCCAUUUGUUUUGCCUUGUAUUUGCUUAGAAAUAUUGAAUUUGGACGCCCGAGACAUGUUCA